UUCUGUACACAACAACAGAUAUAUGUAGUGGGCAAUUGAGCAAUCAAGUUGAUUCUCCUGGCAGUGAAAGAUGCUACUUGUUUUCCAGUCCUCCUGGUUUCCCUGGAAUCCUAUUUUAACUACCAAAUUGGUGAAGCAGAAGCACUACACUUUCCAUUCCCAUGUGAAUCUCAAAGCACCAUGGAUAUACAGGAACAAGUUGAUUGUUGGUUGUUCCGGCGGGGUUGAAGGUUCUCCUCAAAUGGCUCCUGCUGAUGACAAGGAAAUAAUUGUUGGUGUAGAUGUACAAAACAAGUACACUUGCGAAAAUCUCUUAGAAAAUGAGAGAGAAGGUGAUACUAUGAUUGCUGAUUUCGAAGAUGUGAUAGAACAGAGUGUGCCUCCGCUGGUUAGUGCAUUAAAAGCUUCGGCAGAACAAAAUGCCGCCAGAUUUCACUUCCCAGGGCACAAUGAAGGACGAGGUGCGCCGUCAUCUUUAGUUCAACUAAUUGGUCUAAGACCUUUCCAACAUGAUUUGCCCGAGCUUCCGGAGCUUGACAACCUCUUUUCUCCAGAGGGGGUCAUUUUGGAGGCACAGAGAGAAGCUUCGACAUUGUUUGGAGCAUCAGAGACAUGGUUUCUUGUUGGGGGUUCUACUUGUGGAGUUCAAGCAGCCAUUAUGGCUACCUGUUCACCAGGAGACAUACUUAUCCUGCCUCGUAAUUCACAUGCAUCAGCUAUUUCUGCUAUGGUCUUAUCUGGCGCCGUUCCGAAGUACAUCAUCCCUCAUUAUGAUUUUAGUUGGGACAUUGCUGGAGGGACCAGUGUGGCACAGGUUGACAAGGCAAUUAAGGAAUUGGAAACAGAAGGACGAAAAGCAGCAGCAGUUUUUGUAACUUCCCCUACAUACCACGGUAUCUGCAGCAGCCUGAAUGAGAUAUCGAUACUCUGUCAUUCUCGCAAUAUCCCUUUAAUUGUUGAUGAGGCCCAUGGUGCACACUUUGGAUUUCAUUCAGAGCUUCCAUCUUCAUCACUUUCUCAAGGGGCUGAUCUGGUUGUGCAGUCCACUCACAAAGUGUUGUGCUCUUUGACACAGUCGUCAAUGUUACACAUGUCAGGAGAUAUUGUAGAUCGAGAAAGAAUCUGCAGAUGUCUACAGACACUUCAAAGCAGCAGUCCGAGUUAUCUGCUCCUAUCUUCAUUGGAUGCUGCUAGGGCACAAAUAAGUGACAAUCAACAUACUAUCUUCAACCAAGCUGUGAAACUGGCUUGUGAGGCAAGAAGACUGAUCCAAAAAAUUCCUGGAAUCUCAGUACUUGAUUUGCAGGUAUUUUCUAGUUUUCCUGCUAUAGAUCCAUUGCGAAUUACUGUUGGUGUUUGGGAGCUUGGUAUAUCUGGUUUUGAGGCUGAUGAUACGUUGGACAAGGAAUAUGGCAUUGUUUCAGAACUUGCUGGAAUGCAAUCUAUAACCUUUGUGAUCACGUUGGGAACUUGUAGAGAACAUAUUCAGAGGCUUGUGUUAGGAUUAAAGCAUCUUUCAGAAAUUUAUUAUCCAUACCAGGGUAGCAGAAAGGAAGAGAGACUGGAUGGUAGCCAGCAGUUGACGUGUUCCUUUAAAGAUAUAAAAAUAAGGUUAAGCCCAAGAGAAGCCUUCUUUGCAAGGAAGAGGACUGUGAGUUUCACAAAAAGUAUCGGGGAGAUAUGCGGAGAGUUGAUAUGCCCUUAUCCACCAGGAAUACCGGUGAUGAUUCCUGGCGAGAUUAUUACAGAAAAUGCUUUGGACUACCUGCUGCAGGUAAGGAACAAAGGUGGUGUCAUUAGUGGAGCUGCCGAUCCUUUAUUGGCCUCCAUUGUUAUAUGUGAUGGCAAGUAAAUUGCAGAAAAUGCUGGGGACAAUCUGCUGCAGGUAAGGAACAAAGGUGGUGUUAUCAGCGGAGCUGCUUAUUCUUAUCUACUAUCACUUUGUCAUCUCGAUGUCUUUGUGGCUUAUGAGUCGGGAGUUGGCCGAUAAUUCUUGUGUUUUUUUACAAAAUAUUCAAGUUGUAAUUGUUUUUUUUUUAGAGAAAUACGGUGUAGUUAUACAGGCGACUUCAAUUGCAACUCCGGUGAAAAAUAACUAAUUUCAAUUAGCUUUAUAGCCCGUGCGAGGCACA